CUCCUAAGGGCGUCCCCCUCUCUCCUUCGCAGACGCUCACCGGGACUUCGCGCCGCGCCCGCUCUCCGGGUACAUGCCCGAGGAGAUCUGGAGGAAGGCUGAAGAAGCCGUGAACGAGGUGAAGCGCCAGGCCAUGUCCGAGCUGCAGAAGGCCGUGUCGGACGCCGAGCGGAAAGCCCACGAGCUGAUCACGACGGAGCGCGCCAAGAUGGAGCGGGCCUUGGCCGAGGCCAAGCGCCAGGCGUCCGAGGAUGCCCUCACCGUCAUCAAUCAGCAGGAGGACUCGAGCGAGAGCUGCUGGAACUGCGGGCGGAAAGCGAGCGAGACGUGCAGCGGCUGCAACACCGCGCGCUACUGCGGCUCCUUCUGCCAGCACAAGGAUUGGGAGAAGCAC